AUGACAGAUCACCGUCUAUUGGUUCCUAUUUUGAACCAUUAUUCUCUGGAUGCUAUUGAAAAUCCUAACCUCCAGCGCAAGAAGGAUAAAAUCGCACCCUACAUUUUUACUGCAAUGUGGUGUGCAGGUAAGGAGGUGGGCAUUCCUGAUACCCUCUCCCGGUCACCUGUGAGUCACCCAAUGGUGAAAAAUGGUAUCUUCAAUACUGAGAUGCACACUUCUGUCAAGAUUGCGGCUUUGCAUGUCAAGUCUGUUCAAGCAUUAAACACUAUAGACGAGGAAGAGGAUCUCUUCAUGGAAGAAUUGCAUAUGGCUGCAUCUAAGGAUGCUUCAUAUGAAGAACUGCUUCAUCAUGUAAAGUCAGGGUUCCCCAAUGACCGCUACAACCUGCCAAGUACCCUGCGUCCGUACAGGAAAAUUCGCAAUGAGUUGUACAACGAUGGUGACUUGGUGCUGUAUGGACCUAGAGUGGUUGUCCCUGCUUCUUUACGUCAGAGCACCCUGGCUCGCCUGCAUGAUAGCCACUCCGGUGUGGAAGCUACAAAGCAUCGUGCACAGCAGAUAGUCUUUUGGUCAGGCAUUAAUGCAGACAUAGUGAAUACCAUUCCUGCCUGUGAGCUAUGCCAGCACCUACAGCCUAGCCAGCAAUAG